GAACGGCUGUAUAUCAAGGCCAAGGUGGGCUAGUCCCUGUAAGUGAGUCUACGACUGUGUACUUUGUACCUGUCAACAUGAAUCGGAGGGAACUUGUCCCUCGCCCCAACGUGCGGAAUCUAGCCUUUCUGGAUCCAUCAACAGGAGGAGCCCCUACCUCGACUUCCUCCCUCGACACAGUGUAUGUACGCUAUUCCGUAGUAUCCGACAGGGAUGCCAACAAUGGACCAUAACUUUAAAUCGCAAUAUGGCCCGGUACUUUAUGCAUCUCAACUUGUUCAUGGACGUCGUGACUAGUUCGUCGAUCGCGGGCGCUGAUUUGCAGAAGGGCCUGCCUAUCCCUGUGACAGCCGAACUACUGCAUCCUUGUUCACAAUCACAGACCCCAAACCAAGCCAAUAGCAUUGUCAUGCAGGCGGUCUGCUGCGAACAGCAUCCCACCACGCAUGGUAGUGCCGAAACAAGAUGAGCCAGUGUCAUUUCUGGAUUUGACCUUGAUCUGUCACUUUGGCAGCAUCCAGGUCUGCACAUGGGAUGCACAGCGACUGGGUGGUAGAGGC